UUCAUAUCAGCCGAAAGAGGAUCGGGUGACGAUCUGAACACGCUGUCGGGGGAAGGGCGGCAGGAAUUUCCAUCCAGGUUUCUCUCAAAUCUGUUUUUGCGGGACUCGUUUUAAGAAUUGAUACAGAGACGAUCACCCAAGGCAUUCUUCUUUCUUUAUUGCUGUCAAAGGAGACAAAAACAUCGCACAACGGCAGUUGAAUAGAGCCACCUAGCGAGAAUCAUGGAAACUCCAGCAGCAAUAGACGGCGAAGAAGCCAGCACGUCGCAACAAGCCUCACACCCAAAAUCCGCCUCAUCCGCCCGGGCAAUCCACAGAAGGAUCCAACGCGCGCACGCCAAGAACAUCCGUUACGCCCUACACCUGGACACCUUACAGGUGUACGUACAAGAACGUCUGAUCCCCAUGGGCCUGGACUUAAAGAGGAAAUGCCAGCCGACCAUCGGGAGCCAGAACACAGACUUCGUGCGACGCUGGGUGGAGAUUCUGGACGCGGCGUCGCAGAACCUGAUGGACAUGGUGAUCGAGUACAGCGCGCAGAUGGUGGCGGAGUCGGACGACGAGAUCGUCCGCCUGACAGAGACUCUGCAGGCCGUCACGCUGGAGAGCGAGUUCGAGCAGUUUCAGGAGACUCUUGAGAAGUACAACAGCAAGCUGCGGAAGAAGAUCGAAGAUCAGAAGAAGAAGAAACUGGAGAGAGAUCGGCUGAUGGCCAAGGAGAAGAGCAUCACGGUCUACAAGGAGCACCGCCUGUCCAUCAGCAGCGGAAGCAGCGGGAGCAACAGCAGCAUCGACCAGAUGGACGUGUUCGCGCCAGUCAUGGGCGCGCUUCAACAGCAACAGCAACACUACCAACAACAACAGCAGACAGAGCAUGCUAGCGUUCCCAUGAACAUGCACAUGGUACGGCACAAGUCGCCGACACCAGAGUUCAUAGUCCCACCUGCUAUCGCUGAAAGGACGAGAUUAAGGCCUGCGUCUGCCCCGGAGUUUGUGCCGCCACCGAGUCCUCAGUUACCGGAAAAAUCGACCAGACAUUCGGUACAUUUUGAGCUGCCUUCCCCUGAUCUAAACGCGAGGAGACAGGAGUACAACCCACCGCAGCGCGGGACCAACAACCCCGGGAUGAGGCCGCCUCCGAGCCCGAGGAACCCACGCAAACAGAUCGGUAGCGGGAGGAUAGUUGAGCCGAAGAGCCCGAGGCCCAGGAGAAGCAACAGGCCCUCUCGCGGCGCCGAGACGCAACACCGAACUGAAUCGCAAGAUGGCGUCCCUGUCACGCCGAACACGCCCCGAAAGCAUCGCCAGGAUUCUGCCUCCAGAGGUUCUCAGCCGCGUGCGAACGCGACGCCCCGUCAAAGGAGAAGGGAUUUUAAUCCCAAGAAAACAUGACGGAAAUUUGGAACAUUGGAUAUGUUUCGUGCAAAAUGAAUAAUGGAAUGUACUUAAUUACAUUGUGAGAAGUUGCAAGAAAAUGUGCAAGGGAAAAAUGUAAACAUAUGCACAGAAUAUGCACAUAUGACAGUGAA